AAUAGGUUGAGUUGAGAGCAUAAGGUUGGGUGGAACCGCGUGAAGCACAAGCUGGAAGGAUUCUGCAGCCCCAGGGAGCCCAGGGAACCCGUACCCGAAUCUCAGGAGGGCGCCAAGACUCCACCUGUCAUGAGUGCCACCAAGGGAGGCCUGGUCAUCUUCACCGCCAACUCCAACCCCUCCAGCAGGGAGCUGGGACGGCGGAUUGCAGAACGUUUGGGAGUGGAGCUUGGAAAAGUGCAGGUUUAUCAGGAAGCCAACAGAGAAACGCGGGUGCAGAUCCAGGAGUCAGUGCGUGGGAAGGACGUCUUCAUCAUCCAGACGGUGUCCAGGGACGUGAACACCACCAUCAUGGAGCUGCUGAUCAUGGUGUACGCCUGCCGCACCUCCUGUGCCCACAACAUCAUCGGCGUGGUGCCGUACUUCCCCUACAGCAAGCAGUGCAAGAUGAGGAAGAGGGGCUCCAUUGUGUCCAAGCUGCUGGCCUCCAUGAUGUGUAAAGCAGGCCUGAGCCACCUGAUCACCAUGGACCUGCACCAGAAGGAGAUCCAGGGGUUCUUCAACAUCCCGGUGGAUAACCUGCGCGCCUCCCCGUUCCUCCUGCAGUACAUCCAGGAGGAGAUCCCAGACUAUAGAAAUGCAGUAAUUGUGGCCAAAUCUCCAGCUUCGGCCAAAAGGGCGCAGUCCUUCGCCGAGCGGCUGCGGCUGGGCAUGGCGGUCAUCCACGGCGAGGCCCAGGACGCCGAUUCGGACCUGGUGGACGGACGGCACUCCCCGCCCGUGGUGAAGAACAUGGCCGCCAUUCACCCCAGCCUGGAGAUCCCCCUGCUCAUUCCCAAAGAGAAGCCUCCGAUCACGGUGGUGGGCGACGUCGGGGGCCGGAUCGCCAUCAUCGUGGAUGACAUCAUCGACGACGUGGACAGCUUCCUGGCGGCGGCCGAUACGCUGAAGGAGAGGGGGGCGUACAAGAUCUUCGUCAUGGCGACGCACGGCAUCCUGUCCUCGGACGCGCCCCGGCUCAUCGAGGAGUCCGCCAUCGACGCGGUGGUGGUGAGCAACACCAUCCCCCACGAGGUGCAGAAGCUGCAGUGCCCCAAGAUAAAGACGGUGGACAUCAGCAUGAUCCUGUCCGAGGCCAUCCGCCGCAUCCACAACGGGGAGUCCAUGUCCUACCUGUUCCGCAACAUCGGCCUGGACGACUGAGCGCCACGCGGGAUGUGCCUUUUUCACCGGAACGUUCCGCGGGUACGCCGACGAGUUCAAUCUCACGGGGGCCGUUUUUCCACCGGCCCGUGCGUCGUAGUCCUGUCAGGCCUCGUGUUUUUAGAUGAUAUUUUAUUUCCAGUACAAAAUCAAAAAACAGGAAAUCAUAAAAUGGAAAAUUUCUACGGAUUUGGAUAUGUUCACAGCCUCACUGGUGUGAUUUGGUUGCAGAUACAGUUUGGAGAUAAAAUAUUUUCCUACAGAAAAGAAAGGCUUCCCAUAAAACCCAUAAAAAGUAUGCCCACAUACUAGGCCCAGCACCAUUAUACAGUGUUAGAUUUUCCACACUAGAAAAAUGAACACAGCUAAAAUGACAUCAUCUGGUGAAGCUAAAUCAUUCCCGUACCCAUUCCCAUAGUAUCAUUCCUGUACGCAUCAUUCCUGUACCCGUCAUUCCCAAAUGUGCCAUUCCUGUACGCGUUAUUCCCAUGCUCAUCAUUCCUUUACUCAUUUCUGUGCUCAUCAUUCCUGUACACAUCAUUCCUGUACACAUCAUUCCUGUACACAUCAUUCCUGUGCUCAUCAUUCCUGUGCUCAUCAUUCCUGUACACAUCAUUCCUGUACACAUCAUGUACACAUCAUUCCUGUACUCAUCAUUCCUGUACACAUCAUUCCUGUACACAUCAUUCCUGUGCACAUCAUUCCUGUGCUCAUCAUUCCUGUGCUCAUCAUUCCUGUACACAUCAUUCCUGUACACAUCAUUCCUGUACACAUUCCUGUACACAUCAUUCCUGUACUCAUCAUUCCCAUAGACAUGCCCGCACAUGUCUGUACGUGCCGUCACUCUGGAUAAGACUGUCUGCUAAGAAGUUGAGAAGCUGUCCUGUAAUAUCAUCUGCAAACUCAUUUGAAGUUUUUUCCCCCAGUAACAAACCUGACUGCAAGAAGCCAGUCAGUCAUCUUGCAGAAUCAACUAAUGCAAAUUAGAAUAUUUUUACUCAUUCAUAUGGCUGGCUCAUUUUGGGUAACACAUACUGUAGAUCCGGCCUCAUCACUGUGCCAAAUCUGAAUGUAACCUGUUUAAAUUACCUCACAAACUGCUGCAUCUAUCCCUGGGCAGUCUGCCCAUGACAAGACGAACACUGUCUGUUACAGCCAAUCAAAUCACUGACACAUUUGGCUGGCCUUCCUUUUUAAGUUCAGCCGUAUUAUUUAAGUGCCAUUUAGAUUUUUUGUGAAACUCAUAUAAUUUACUCAUGAACCAACUUGAGAUAUGUUCAGUGGAUAUGGAUAUUGUGAUGAAAAGAUAUUGCUACUGAGGACAGCAAAAAAAAAAAGGUCAAAUUGUGUACUUGCAGAACUAAUCGCUGUUUUAUUUAAAAUGUUAGAGAUAUGUUUAUUUUCAUUAUGCACGUUUUCACAUUUCUAAAUGGUGAAAUAGUGAAGGAAAUGCUACUAUAUGUGGAAAUCUACAUUUCCGUAUUUAAUAAAACCCAUCCCACAAGUAUUUACAGACAUUGUUAAUUGUGAAUAUUCCAUUAUCAGACUGCUUUAAAAAUGAAAGCAGUGUUUUUAUAAUUGGCUUAUUGAUUGAGCUCGGUCAAAUCAGGGUAUUUUAAGUGUUGCUCAGAAACAGUUGUCAAUCAUCCACCCCUGUAAAUAUUUUUUCUUUCAGAUGACAUAUUAAUCGAAUCCUUUCUUUGCUGGAUAGUUUUUGUUCCUUUUGUCAAGUCUAAUUUUAUAUUUUAAACCUGGCCUCUGUUAUGUCAUUAGGGAUUGUGACGACCUGCAAAGAAAACGACUGAUGUUUGUGAAAUGACUGAAUCUAAAGGAGGCCUUUGUAUUUAUUUUGAGCAACUCAUGGGAGAAAAAACUCAAAUAAAAUUUGACAGUUAAA